UGAGGCCUCUGCUCCUCCUUCACUCCGUUAACAUCGUCCACCGCGAGCCGCAUGAACAAGCGCCGCUGCAAUUAUCUCUCAGGUCAACAGAAUAAAUACUUUGUUUCACGGCGACUGAAACUCUUCUUCUCUCCUACAGGACGCCGCCGCAGAAGAAACCUUAGGACGUCACUUCAGAGACGUUGUGAGAGACAUGGACGACUAUUUAAAUCCACUUCUCACUCAGUUUGACUUCUCCUGCUUCAGGCCCCAGGCUUCAUCACCACCAGUCCCCGAAAUGACCAAAGCCAAAGAAGAGAAAGGGAGUUCAGGUAAAGGAAGAGCAGGUAGAGUGUGUGACACCCUGUGGUUAUCUUCACAGAGUCACGUGAGCAUCCGUAUCUGUUUAUUGGCAACCCGUCAGCGGAUCUGUCCUAGAGGGCUGCAGCCCCUCCCCCUUCAGGCCGGAGUACAUUGGCUUCACACACAGCUUGAUAACUCAGCGGGGAUGAUAGCGCCUCCAAACUGUUUUAAAAAGAACAAAUUCAAAGUUCAGAAAUUCUGGAUUUCAGAAGCAGAGCGGUACAGCGUUAAAGGCCGUUGUGCGGCGACAUCUUAAAAGAUUAUUAUAAACAAUGAGUUCUGUGGAAAUGUGUGCGCACGCAGCUAAGUUCCCCGCGGAGCCGGGGGAGUGCGUGGUGCUGCUGGCGGACAGGAAGCUGCUGCAGUUGCCCCUGGAGGCCCUGACGGUGCUGCAGGGCGGAGGCCUGAGCUCCUUGUCUCGGGACUUCUCCCUCCAGCUGCUCCACAGUCGGCUGAACAGAGCGGAACCAGACAAAGGGUCGCGGGGGCUCUGGAGCCGAUCCCAGCUGACAGGGCGAAGGCAGGGGACACCCUGGACAGGCCGCCAGUCCAUCGAGGGCACAUAUAGAGACAGACAACCAUUCACGCUCACAUUCACACCUAUGGGCAAUUUAGAGAUCAAUUAACCUGACGGCAUGUCUUUGGACUGUGGGAGGAAGCCGGAGAACCCGGAGGGAACCCACGCUGCCACGGGGAGAACAUGCAAACUCCACACAGAAGGACCGCCCACACCGGGAAUUGAACCCACGGCCCUCU